AUGAGUGUGUCGUCAUGGUGACGUCUCUGUGAUGUCAUCACAAACACUGAACUGGGAUCAGAUGCUGACAGACAGACAGAAGACGAGUACUUGUGCUGAUAUGAUGAAGAAGCAGACGAGAGCAGAAACCCAGCGGACUCGGGUAAGAACCUGAGUCACGUUCAGUAUUUCUGAUGUGUGUGAGACACUCAUGUGUUCAUUCAGUGACCAGGCUCCAGCAGAGAUGCAUGACAUCAGAUCUGUGGCUUCUCCUCCUGAGCGUGUCCAAACCCAUCCAGACACCAGCCGAAACUCUCUGAGACCCUUCUACACGGCUCAGAAACCGGCGUGUGGCUUCAGCUUCUCCUGGAGCACAGACCACCGACGCAAACACAACGGCCUGCAGGCCUGCGACCCGGUGAAGUGGAGGAGCCAGUGUGUGUCCAGAGCACAAUAAACCUGCCUUCAUUAACCACACACUGUCUGUGUCGCUUCACUCAGCUCUACAGGGCUAUACAUACAGCUGAGAAUAACCAUUAGAAUGUGCUUUAUUAGAUCGUCACAUAACAGUCGCACAGCUGUGCUCGAGCAUCAUGUUUGACUGACAGUCAGAGGUCGUGACCUCAGGUCACUGGGGCGUGCUGACACACUGUAUUUAGGAUUCCCUGUAAGCAGGAGGUAAUUCGCUGUAAUUUCCAGAGCGGAAAAGAACAGCGGGGAGUGACGUCAGUGGUAAUUGGACGGGACACCCUCCUCCUCGCCCUGCUCUGUCCUGCAGGCUGAGCCGAGCUCUGUGUGUCAGUGUGUGUCUGCACAGGGAAGCGGUGACCGAUCUCUGCUGCAGCGGCAUCAUGGGAAACACCUCCGGCAUAUCAGUGAAGGAGCUGAGCGCAUGUCACUCCCACUGGUGGUACCGCAAGUUCAUGACCGAGUGUCCGUCCGGGCAGCUCACCUUCUACGAGUUCAAGAAGUUCUUCGGUCUGAAGAAUCUGUCCGAGACAUCCAAUGAGUACGUCAAGACCAUGUUCAAGACCUUCGACAUUAACGACGACGGCUGCAUUGAUUUCAUGGAGUACGUGGCAGCUCUGAGUCUGGUUCUGAAGGGUGGAGUUCAGCAGAAGCUGCGCUGGUACUUUAAACUGUUCGACGUGGACGGCAGCGGCUGCAUCGACCGCGAGGAGCUGCUGCUCAUCUUCAAGGCCAUCGAAGCCAUUAACGGAGUAGAGCAGGAGUUUUCCGCUGAAGAACUUACUGACAUGGUGUUUAACAAGAUUGAUGUUAACGGAGACGGCGAGCUGUCUCUGGACGAGUUCAUCGAGGGCAUCCAGGCGGACGAGGUUCUGUCGGUGAUGCUGACCCAGAGUCUGGAUCUGACUCAUAUCGUCAGUAACAUCUACACAGACAUGGGCUCAGCCUGAGAUCAGGUGCCAAACCAGAAGAAGAAGAGGAGCGUUUCUCAACUCUGAAGAUGCUGAUUCAGCUUUAAACCCUCACAGUGUUAAUAAAGUUCAUCUGCAUUUCAGCAGCCACACAAUAACUGAGACUAGAGCAGACGCUUCGUUUAAGUGCACUUAUACUUAUGGUUCAUUUGUGAUAUUAAAACCUAGGAUUUCAACCAAUCCUGUGAAAUACUUUUCUUCAGCCCUGUGAUGUCCUGUAAGAACUCCAUCUUAAUAUGACGUAGUAUUAUUAUUAUAGAUAUGAAGUAUUGUAGUAUUUGUUAUGUUGUUGUAAUUUUACACUUU